AUGAAAUUAAAUGGUGGCAGACAUGUCCAAGGAAUAUUGUGGGGAUUUCAUUCCUUCAUGAAUCUUGUGAUAGAUGAAUGUGUGGAGACGGCAACUAGUGGGCAACAGAAAAAUACCGGCAUAGUGGUAACACAAGGAAAUAUUAUCAUCAUGUUAGAAGCUUUGGAAUGA